AUGGCCUUCAGGCAGCCUGCUGAGCCUGCAUCCUCCAAGUGCUCCUGCUGGACGGAUGCCAACAGACCUCACCGUUCUGUCCCCCCGCUGAAACCACCACUGCUGAAACUAAAGCCACGGAUUACAGCCGUGUCACACUCCAAAGAUUGGUUUUCGUUUGCUUCCUGGCUGUGGGAAGUCCCUGUGGGAGAGGAGUUGAGCAGAAAACCACUGGCACAUUCCAGGUUCCUGAGGAACCGUGCUGCACUCACUGGGCAUGGAUACCAAACAGCAGAAACCAAAGGUGGUAACAAAGCGUGUGGCGUUAGUAGUUCAGGUGCUGCUGACAGGGGAGGAAAGCCCACCACACCCCGAGCUUGCAGAGCUGUGCUCCUGUUCCGCUGGAAUACAGGACUCCGAGAGGACAGUAUGGAAGUCAGGUGGCAGAUGAUAGAAACUUGGUCGCAGGAUAUAAAACUGGGGCACUACAACACCUUCAAACAAUUGGUAACAAAGCGUGUGGCGUUAGUAGUUCAGGUGCUGCUGACAGGGGAGGAAAGCCCACCACACCCCGAGCUUGCAGAGCUGUGCUCCUGUUCCGCUGGAAUACAGGACUCCGAGAGGACAACUGACCUUCUUCCACCUAUUAAACUGAACUUGAAUGGAACAUCUGUCAGUGGGACGAUGUAUAAUACAGGGAGACAUGUAUCUCUGCGAUUAGACAAAGAGCAUUUGGUCAACAUCUCUGGAGGACCGAUGACGUACAGUCACCGCUUAGAGGAAAUCCGGUUACACUUUGGAAGUGAAGACAGCCAGGGGUCAGAGCACCUACUCAACGGACAGGCUUUCUCCGGGGAGGUUCAACUAAUCCAUUAUAACCAUGAGCUCUACACAAAUGUCACAGAAGCUGCAAAGAGUCCUAACGGGUUGGUGGUAGUUUCCAUAUUUAUGAAAGUAUCUGAAUCAUCAAAUCCAUUUCUAAAUCGUAUGCUUAACAGAGACACCAUAACGAGAAUAACAUAUAAAAAUGAUGCAUACUUACUACAGGGGCUUAAUAUUGAGGAACUUUAUCCAGAGACGUCUAGUUUCAUUACAUAUGAUGGGUCAAUGACAAUUCCACCCUGCUAUGAAACAGCAAGCUGGAUAAUAAUGAACAAACCUGUCUAUAUAACAAGGAUGCAGAUGCAUUCUUUACGACUGCUAAGCCAGAAUCAGCCAUCACAGAUAUUUCUGAGCAUGAGCGACAAUUUCAGACCAGUCCAGCCUCUCAACAAUCGAUGUAUCCGAACUAAUAUCAACUUUAGUUUACAGGGAAAAGAUUGCCCAAACAAUAGAGCACAGAAACUACAGUAUAGAGUAAAUGAAUGGCUCCUCAAGUAAGUAAAGACAGAGCAGGCAGAACCCAUAACCUCAGUGGAAUGCUACUACUGUGAAUUGACAUAAUCUAGAAUGCACCCAACCUCACUCUCUUUGGGUUCACGACAGCAUGUGCAAACAUGCUGUAGGAAAAGAGCUGCCAUGUUGGAAACAACUAAAAAUUCAUUCAUAUGAUCAGUGAUAAUUUAAAAAAAAAAAAAUAAAAUAAAAAGACAGUAUUACAGUAAAUGUGAUUACAAUUUUGAUACGGUUUUCCUGAACUAAUUUAGCAUCACAAA